GAUAGUUCUGUGGGAAACUGGUUAUAUUCAAUGUGACCAAAACAAGCCCAAUUGCGAAUGCGAAAAGUAGCUAAGAACCUAAGAAACAAAACGAAAUUCACGUACAAUUUAUAUUUUCUGACAUGACGGAUGCACACUCAGGCACUGCCUACAACAACAAGACACUGCUAUGCACAAACAUACCAGAACUCUUCCUCGACAAAUUUGUGGCGCGCACGCAUUUCAGUAGGUUCGGCAACCUGGUGAAUUUUGUGCUGCGUCCCCGGCGCAUGACCUGCACGGUAAGCUAUUCCAAUGAAGAGGAGGCUGCUUUGGCACUGCGUGAGGGUAAUGUCUACAACGGUCACGAGUUUGACAUGAGCUACGCAGAGAACGAGAGCACGCCGGCCCAGAAGACUGAGGAAUGGGUCGACCCCGAUGUGCAGGCGGAACUAAGUGUCUUGAGUGGCACCUGGCGCAACGAAUACGGCUCUAGCAAACCAAACGCAACAAAACCACAGACUAUGACUACAGCUACAAGUCUCUUCGGCUCAAGCAAAAUCGCAUCAGCUGCUACAAGUGGCAAUGCUGAACGGGAAAGAGAGAAGGACCGGGAGCGUGAACGACAACGUGCACCCGCUCAAUUCAAGAUCGCCAAGCAGGAGCUGGAAGCCGUUAUGCGCAAGCCGGCGUACACAAGCGAGGAGAAAUAUCGCGUCUUGGAUGCACGUGACAAACUGUUGCGCCUGAAUCAGAAGCGCUCGACAACCGACGCACAACGUUUACAGGGCCACUGCCCGGACAUGUGUCCUGAAAAGGAACGUGUGCUUCGCGAAUUCCAACGACAAGUGGCAAUUUAUGAACUGAAGCCGGGCACCGAUGAUCAGAUCGCACAUGAGCUCGCCCUGAAGCAAUAUUCGCGCAGCAGCGCCGAUCAGGAGACACCGCUGCCGCAUGAGCUGCGCGCUGAACCCGUCCUCCACAUGACCAUGAGCUAUCUGAUGCACGAGAUAAUGGAUAUCAGUGAGACAACGGAUAAUCUGGGCGAUUGGUUCCACUUCGUUUGGGAUCGAACACGCUCCAUACGCAAGGAGAUUACCCAGCAAGAGCUCUGCUCCCUCAGCGCCGUCAAGCUGGUGGAGCAAUGCGCACGCUUCCACAUCCACUGCGCCGCCCGCCUGGUCGCCGAGGAUCCCAGCGUCUUUGAUGCGAAAAUCAAUGCCGAGAAUCUGACGAAAUGUUUGCAAACGCUCAAGUACAUGUACCACGAUCUGCGCCUCAAGGGCAUCCAGUGUCCGCGCGAGCCCGAAUUCCGUGGCUACAUUGUGCUGCUCAAUCUGGCAGAUGCGAAUUUUCUCUGGGACAUCUCGCAGCUGCCCGUCGAGUUGCAGAACUGCAAGGAAAUCCGACGGGCCAUCCAGUUCCACUUGGCACUGCAGGACACCAAUUUCGUGCGAUUCUUCCAGCUGCUGCGCGAACCGGAAACGAGCUACCUGAGCGCCUGCAUUCUGAUCACCUAUUUCAUUCGACUGCGCAUUCUGGCCAUGCAUCGCAUUGUGCAGGCCUAUCGAGCGCCACGCAAAUACGAAUUCACCCUGCUGCCCGUCCAAUAUAUACGCCAAAUGCUGCUCUUCGCCAGCGACGAGGAGACGAUUGAAUUUGUCGAAGGCUGCGGCCUGACUGUGAACCAAGCGGAUCGCGUUGAGCUGACUCGCAUCCAUACGCCAGAGCACUACAAGCUGAGUCGACAGUUCGAGCUGGUUGAAUCGAAGCGCAAUCAGAGCGUCGGCGAAUGCAUUUGUGGCGAGGAACUGCCGCCGAAAUCCCUGUACAGCAAUCAUCGGCCGCACAACAGCUUCAAUGAGCAGGGCUAUCUGAAGAGCAGCGCCUGGACAGCGAGAGAUCAGCUGCCGAAUGCCGAGGAAGAGGAAGAGGAGCCAAGAGCAGCGUACACCGAAACAAUGCCAACGGCAGCAACAGCAACGGCAACAACAGCAGCGACAACAACAACAUUUAAGAGCCCCACAUCCACGGAUAAUCUGUUCAAGGUGCCGUUGUUUUCGGCGCCCAUAUCGCCAAGGAUUAAGCCAGCCACGCCGCCAUCUCAAGCGCCACAGCCGCAGCCACAGCCAACGAUGCCGGCCAACAUCUUCGGCUUUGAGAUGCCGCAAAAGCAACAGCAGCAACAACAGCAGCAACAGCAAGCCUUUGGCUUUGGCCGGAACACAGCUGAAGCAGCCAAACCGAGUACGAGCACAGCCAUUGGCUUCAGUUUUGCAGCUGCAGCGGCUGCCAGCAUGGCAAAGGACGGCCCAAGUGCCGCUGAUCUUGCCGAGCAACAGCGACAGCAGAAGGCCGCCGAUGAGGCCAAAUUUGCUGCACUGCAGCAGGCCAUAGCCACGGCCAAGCAGCGUGAACAGGAGCUGCUCGAGCUGCAAAAGGCGAAGGCAGAGCAGGCGGAACGUGCGCGACAGCAGCGCCUGUUCGAGCAGCAGCAGGCCCAGGAGAGGCAAAAGCGCGAGGAGCAGGCACAGCAAGCGGCCGCCGCGGCUGCCGCAGAGGCAGAGGCGAAGGCGGAGCGCCAGCGCCAGCGGCGCGUUGAGGCGGAGCGCACGACACAGCGCAAUCACCUGCUGGACCAAUUGAUCGAUGAGCAAUUGAACGAGCUGUGCAAACGGGAGUUCCGGCUGCAUCACAGCGCCCUGGCCAUAUACGAUGCACUGCUGGAUGAGCAGAUUGUGGAGCUAGUCAAGCGGAAUAUACGGCGCACCGACUACGAGCUGGGUCUGAUGCGUCAAUAUUGGCGACGAUGGCGCAACUACCGCCGCGUGCAGCAGCAGAAGGAUGCGCUCUUCGCCUGCCUGCCGCUGAGCUUCGGGGCUGAGUCGAGCGAGCGCCUGUUGAACACGAAGACGGCGGAGCAGCCGUUGCGUCUGAUGCGUCGCUAUCGCCAGGGCGAAGCCUGCGACUAUCGCCAGUUGCUAGCGGGCAUGGACGAUCAAUGCUGGCUGAAGCUCGACCUCUGGGAGCUACUGGCCCACACACUCCAGCAGGAGACGCCCGGCGCUCGUCAAUAUUUCAAGCUGUUGAUCUCGCUGCCCGACAGCAGCGUGGGACUGGUCAUGGAGCAUGCCUUGGAUCGGGGUGUGCUGCAGCAGCCCAUACAGAGCGAGGGCCAGAGCCAGAGAGCGAAGGCGCCUGGCCAGCCUGCCUACAUAACGGGACUGGCUCACGGUGUGGCACUGUGCGUCCACAAACUGAAGGGCAUGCCGCCAUCGAAUCCGAACCAGAUGAGAAAUGCCGAUGGCAUCAUAUGCUUUGUGGAUGUGAAACAGGUGCCGGAGGCGCGUCAACGUUUGCAUAGCCUAGUCAAGAGCAGCGGCUGCGACUAUGUGGCGGUGAUUGUGCAGCAGCAGCAGACGGAAGAGGCACAGCUGGCGGUGCAACUGCAGCUGGAGACGUUGCGCGCUUUUCGCAUCUUCGACUGCCGCACCAUGGCGCGUGGCAAGCAGAAGCUGCAGCUGGUCGCACUACUCCAAUGUGCCGUCCAAUUUCUGGCCAAGCAGCCGCAUCGCAGUCGCGGCUCACUGCAGCAGAUGGAGCUGCGCGAGUGGGUGCUCCGGCACCUGGGCGACGAGUUGUUUGAGCGACUGCGCUAUGCGUCGCUAAAGGAUGUAGCCAUUGGCUGGCGCUGUCGCCAGGUGCCUCAGUUCUGUGUUCAGCUGUACAACGAGGCUGUGCGUCGCCUGCAGCUGGUGGCGGGCGAGCAGCUGGAUGAUCGACCCCAGCUGCCGCAGGAGCUGCGCGACUAUGUGGAGCCGCUGCCGCCCCAGGCGCCGUUGCCCAAUCGCCUGGAGUACUUUGUGAGUGGCUGGCAAUCGCGGGAGCAGCGAGCGAAGAUCGUGCAGCUUCUGGAGCAGGCCAAGCUGCCGGAGAUGCCGCCGCUGCCGGCGACAAGCAACAAAUCGCAGGACGCUCUCUGUGAAUGGCUGCUCAACUAUGCCCAGCUGAGCGAGGACGAUGCUCAGGUGGAGACGGUGGCGCUGCGUGCGAUACAAACGCUUGAGCUGCAGCUGCGCACGGGCAGUCCCAACUACCUGGACAUUGUGGACAUCUUUGCCAAGGAGCGGCUCUAUGUUGUCCUGCAACGCAAUGCCGCCUCAAUUCCAGCGGCUAUUGUUUACCGACGUCACACCAUGCAGCGUUACUUUGCGACGCACUGGUAUUAUGAUUGGCCAUCACCAGAAGAGGCAGCAGCAGCUGCGGCGGCGGCAGCAGCUGAGAGUCCACAACAGGAAGAGUCGAUCGAAGAGGCGACUGCAUUGGCGCCCCAACAGGAGCCGCUUGACUAUGAGCAGGUGCUGCGAAAGGCGCAGGCUGUACUGGACAAAUGCCAGCAACAUCACCCCGUCGAACGCAAAACAUUGACCGUUCUGAACGAACCGCUGGACACUCUGGACCGCAUCAUGGAACGGUGCGAACGACAUACUUUAAACGUUCCUCACGAGCCGCACUCGAAUUGGCAAUCCCGACGACAGGCCGAAAACUUGCCCAUGCCGGUCAACAAGCGACAGCGUCUCAACGCCCCGGCGAGUGAUGAGUGCGCAGAUCUCUUGGAUCGCACUGAGCGGUUACUCAACGUCAGCCAAACGGCUGAGGAGAGACGCCUUCAAAUACUGCAACGUGCCAAUAGGUUUCUAUAAUUUCCGGAGCAUUUAUUUAUCUAUUAUACCUGUAAUGAAUCUAGUUGAGUGAAUAUAAUUUAAUUAUUUAAAUAAAUACGUAUUAGGAAUUUACACUUUAUAA